UUUGUGCCGGUGGAGUUCAUCACUGUGUUGUCUUGAUCUACACAUAACAUCAUAAUGGAGAGACUAAUGAUAGCACUCACAUUGCUGUCCUGCAGAUCAGCAGCAAUAUACCAAGAUCUGACUGGUAUGAUGGCAAUUUUCCCAGAGGACUCCACAGACAACUUUGCCAAGUUGCUCCCCAAGAAAGAAGGGCCAUUCAAGGCACUGUCUGUCUGCCUGAAGUUUGACACUGAUGACCCAGGCAAGUUCAGCCUGUUCUCCAUGGCCACGCCCAGAGAGUCAGAUGCUUUUGUCAUCCUCAAGAAAGGCGCCUCUGGGCCUUUCAAAGUGGUGGUCAACGACAAAGAGCAGCAGUUCCACAAAGUGCCGCAGAGUCCCCUGAGCUGGACUAACCUGUGCACCACCUGGGACUCCAGCACUGGCCUGAUCCAGCUGUGGGUGGACGGCCAGCCCAGCGUGAAGAAGAUGGCCAGCAAAGGCACUCCCAUCCAGGAGAAACCAAUCAUCAUUUUGGGCCAAGAGCAGGACUCCUAUGGGAGUAGGUUUGACCGAGAUCAGACUUUCAUGGGCCACAUAACCAACCUCCAUGUGUGGGACCGUGUACUGCAGCCAUGUGAGGUGGAGCAGAUCACGGAGGGCCAAAUGAGCCAGCCAGGGAACGUACUGAACUGGGGGGCACUGGAGAUCGAGAUCACAGGCAACGUGGUUCUGGAGAGCAGUCUUAGCACAAAUGCAACAGCCCAUGUGGGACCGUGUCUGCCACCUGGAGAGUAAACUA